AUGGCUUCCCAGCAAAUUCAGGGCGAAGCUCAGAAGCACGGAGAGAAUAUUGGCCUUCGUGUUGCCCGGAACCUGGGCAAGCGCAUGUCCAUAGGCAGUGGCUCGAAAAACACCACAAGCAAAGAGAGCACUGACCAGACUGGAACUGAUCAGCGUGCUAUCGAUAAGGACGAGCAAAUCAAGCAGGGCACUGGCCAGAGCGGCAUUGGCCAGCAGGCUGUCGAUAAAGGCGAACAAUUCAAGCAGAGCACUGGUCAGGGUAGCACUGGCCAGCAAGCUCUCAAUAAGGGGGAACAAGUCGAACAGAGCAUUGGUCAGAGUGGAAUUGGUCAGCAGGCUCUCGAUAAAGGAGAACAAGUCAAGGAUGAAACCAACCAAGGAAACUUCAGCAGUGCCAAAGGUCUUGCAGGAAAUGAAGGAAACACCGAGGACGUCGUCAGUGGGGGAGAUGCUGCCGGUGCUAUCGGUAGUACCGGAUCGAACACGGAAAAUCUAAGCCCAGCAAGUGCUGAAGAUGCUGGACGCCGAAUGUUUGGCAGCAUUUCAGUCGGGCCACCGGAGCCCAACGACGAUAUUCGAAGAGGUCCUAUCUGGCCGGGACCCGGAGACCAGAGGCAAACAGGCAAUAAUGCAUUCAAAGGUGCUGGAAGCAGCGCCACAGGAGGACUGAGCCAGGAAAAAAUGAAAACCAGUCAGGCACAAAGUCAGGGCCAGGGUGUUGGCAGAUCGCCAGGUGGAAUUGCUUGGGCUCAGGAUGAUUUGGGCCAGCAGAAUUUGAGUCAAACCAAAGAAAGCACCACCAAGACCACCAACCAGACCUAUUCCCAGACAAGUGCUAAAGGAUUGGGGCAAGAUCAGCAGCAAGGCCUGAGCAAAGAAUCGAGCGCUCUUGACCCAGCUAACGACAAUUUCCGCGCAAACGAAGCCGGAGGAAUUAGCCCUACCCAGAAAACGAUGAGCAACAACAAAUCCGAAGGGCAAUACGGCGCCAUGAAAGAUGAUGAAGCCAAGAUGAGCGAUGCAAGUAAGGACAAAGACAAAUCUUCCCCAGGCCAUGGAUUACUGGGCCAGGCGAAAGAGAAGUUCAAUCAGACUUUAGGAGUCGGCAGUCAGAAAAAGAAAUCGACCCCUGGCCAGAGCAAGUCCAAGCAAGCUAAAGCCGGAGGAGCAGCUGCAGGUGGAAUGGCUGGAGCUGGACUCGCUGCACAAGGAAAUAGUGCAGGCGGAACAUUUGGUGGUGGUGGUGACUCUAUCAGCGAAGAGUUCAACACCAUAUCAGGUAUCAGUGACGAUGUCUUCAGUGAUGGAGCUGCUGGUAAGACUGCCGCCAAGGGAAUGGGCCAGGGUCUUGCAGGAAAAUCCUCUACCCCCACGAGGAAGAGCGAUAUUGGCAAAGGAAUGACCGCAGGGAAGACCCCACAGGCCUCCAAGCAGUAUCAACAAGGUGGAAAAUCAGUUGCCGCAGGCCAGGGUAUCAACAAGGGAAAAGGAGCCCUGGGUCAGGGCACAUCCGACAUGUCCACCAACCCGAUGAGCCAGAACCUGUCCAAACAAGGCGGUAUAACCAUGGGAGGCAUGGCCGCCAUGUCUGGAUCUCCAGCUUCUGAUAAUGGAGCAUUUGGAGGCUCGGGGGGGCCGAGGGUGGAAGUCAAAAGGGCAUGGGUCAAGCAGGUAUGGGUCAAGCAGGUAUGGGUCAAGCAGGUAUGGGUCAAGCAGGUAUGGGUCAAGCAGGUAUGGGUCAAGCAGGUAUGGGUCAAGCAGAACCUAGGUGGAAGUGGCUACCGAGUUACCAUCUUGCAAGACAAGGUUCAAUCCGUGACGCAGAAAUGCAAGACUCAGCUGGGCCUGUCUGCAAUUGAGAUCACCCAGCGUGGCCCCACUGUCGAUGCUUUCUUCGAUGCUGUGGCUGCCGAGCGCCUGCGCUGGAUGCCCCGCGACGGAAGCCGACUGGAUUGCAGUCUGAGAUGGGCUUCUCGCCUCGCCUAUGCAGUUGAUGCCCUGCGUGAAUCAGUCGGAGCCUUUGCACCCGGCGCCAAUGAGGCAGCGAAGAUGAUAUGGGGUUUUUUGAUUCUACUUUUGGAGUCUGAUAUUGACAACACCGACCUCUUCGAGAGUGUCUUUGGCAGAUACGGUCGUGUGGCUGUUGGCAUUCACCUGCUGCUUCAAUAUGAAACUGCUUAUAAGUCAUCUCCCGAGCUUCAGCCAGAGGCGGCCGCCAUGUUUGCAGAUCUCCUCGAGAUGAUCUCCACCACCUCGUCCAGCUGUAUUGAGGGCUUCAAGAGCAAGGAGUCUGAGCAUGUCACCGGCCAUAACGUGGAUUCUAGUUUUGUGAUCUACGCCAGACGCUACUCUACCCACUGGAAUGCAAUUGUCGAGUCUGCUACCUCCAAGGUUGUCAGGCACAGCUCCUUGAUUUACUCAAGCGCGGAGCUGGGAAGUCUUCGACAGUUCCUGGGAGUACAGGAUCGUCCUCUGCAAUUCAUUCUCGAUUCUCGCAGCCACACUUUGGUCGAUGGCUCCUUUGAAUGGUUCAACAAUACUCUAUAUGACUUCACCAUUGGCAAGUCUCCUGUCCUGCUCAUGACUGGUGGCCCUGGUGCUGGAAAGAGUGCUAUGUCACAGUGGACUGUGGAGCGCUUGCAGGAAUCGGCCGAACAUGAUAGUUGGAAUGUCAUUCCCUACACUAUUCGUGCUGAUAUUCCGGUCGCAACACUCCCUCUGCGCAUUUUGAAGGGCGUUCUGCAUCAAAUGCUAGAUCACAGUGUCAGUGACAGGGAAAUACAGGAAGCUAUUCUUGUCCAGGUCGCCCACGCUGCUCAAGCUUCCAUGGAUGGUGCGUUCGAGUCGGAGGUAGAAGAAAGCCUCUGGAAGGGUAUUCGCGCUGGAUUGGCCUCAAAUAUCCAGUACAUGUUUGUCAUUGAUGGUCUCGACCAGAUUAAAGGUGGCGAUUCAGACGCCAUUGCCUUCUUGGAGAAGAUCACGGCCGUUUUGGACGAACAGAAUGCCGGCUCGAAGAUGAUUGCCUUCACUCGUCCUCUCAGCUCGAAGCUCAGUACCAGAAACAUUGGACAGUUCACGAUCCAAAGCGCCCAGACCCACGCCGACCUCUCGGCAUAUGUCCACAAGAUGCUCUCAUCUGGCUCCCACUUCGAAAACUCGAAGGAUAGCCAGCUUCAAUCUGCUGUAUCUGCCAUUGUCAAUCGUUCCCAGGGAUCCUUCAGCUGGGCUGAGAUGGCAAUUGCUCAUGCUGGCCAGCAGAGGAAUCCGGCGCAAUCAAUUUCGUCUAUCCAAAGCUUACCUCAAACCAUGCCGGAGCUCCUAGACUUCCACAUGAAGAGUCUAGAUUUGAGCCAGACAGAGACUAAGUCGAUCAUGGCCUGGUUGGCCGCUGCCGAGAGACCUUUGCUGGUGGAGGAAGUCGAACAGCUCCUGGCUGUCGACGCAAAGGGACCAAGUUUCGUGUCGCGUAUCUCUCAUAUCGACUCUGCAUGGGCCACUGCUCUUCGACCUCUCGUUAUGACCCGUGAUGGUGUUGUCUCUUUCGCGCAUACGUGUAUUCGCGACCAUGUCAUCAAGCAGGCCAGAUCUGUCGGUGCUAAAUCGCCACUCAGCCUGAAGGAGGCCCAUCAUGAUCUUCUGACAAGGUGUCUUGCAUGGGUCCAGCUGAGUGUUCGUGAAGAGAGCGAAAUCUCAAUGGACAAACUGAGCAUGGAGGAGCGCAACCGUCUGUUUGAUAAGUAUUCUGUGCUGGAAUACACCGCACGCUAUUGGCUGUCGCAUCUUCUGUCGUCACCUCUAGUCACAGACGCUGGCGAAUUCCAGUUCACUGCCAGCUUCAAGAAGCUUCUUCCUGUGACUGUCCUAUUUGCUCGCCUCGAGCUUACGUGCAAGGAGUCGCAGUUCACUCGGUCCAGUGUCCUUGAGCUAUAUCGUCUCGCGACUGAUAUCCGACGCCUGGUCCUUGGUGAAAAGUCGAUGGCGCUCCUGCAGAGUCUGCUACUUAGCGCUCGUGUUUCCAAAUUGGCACAUGCUAGUCAUGCAGAAGAGCACUGCUAUGAUGCUUGGAGACUCAGCCAAGAGCUUCUGGGACAAUCUGACAGCAUCACUUUGGCCUGUGCCGAGAUGAUGACACAGUCAUUUACCGAGAGCGGAACUAUGACUACCCAACAGGAGGACAUUAUGAAGUAUCUCAUCCUGACCGACACCGAGGUCACUGGCGUGGAGUUCAACCAGCGACUGAAGUACCUCGGAAUGAUCGUCAGUACAUACAAGACGCGCAGCGACAAUCAAUCUGCUCUUGUGAUCUCCCGGCAAUACUACCAGCAGAUCCUGGUCAAGUAUGGUUCCAGCUCUAGACAAUCGUCCGAGACCGCCGAUUUCCUCACUGGCCAGUUCUCGAGUACUGGAAGUGACGAGAUGAGCCGCGAUAUCGCACGUACCAAGUACGACAAUGUGGUUCGCACCAUGGAUGUCACCGACGAACGCCGCAUCAAGUACGCUCUGUACAUGGCUCAGCUCUACGAGUCACAGGGUGAGAAGGCCCAAGCCCAAGGAAUCUUGUCAAAUCUCUGGGCUGGUCUGAACUCCCGUGACAUCGACUCCGUCGAUAUGAUGGACAAGAAGGCCAACGUCGCUCUCGUCUACUAUCAAUUCCUGCGUCGCCAGGGCCGCAAUGACGAGGCUGAGGUGAUCAUUCGUGAAUUGGUCGCCGACCUUGAGGUUACUGGUAUUCACUCCAAUGAGAUGAUGCAGCGCGUGCAGCUGCUUCGUGCCGAGACCCGCGAGAUGCACAUGUACAGCCUGGAUCGGUCUUUGUCUAUCCUGAUGUGGAAUUACUACAAGGAAAGCAAUCAGGAAUAUUCUUCCGAUGCCGUCGAGCUUGCUAUGUCUCUAGCCGAGGAAAUGGCAAAUACCGUGUCUAUCGAAGACAGUGUUUCUCUAUCUGGUCGCGACCGCAAGCUGAUGGUUGAACUGUUGGACUCGAUUACCUCGUCACCCAGCAAUAUCUCCGUCUCCACCCUGAUUCUCUGUCACAAUCUGUCGAGUAUCUAUGUACGUGAGGAAGAUUGGUCCGAAGCUAGUGAAUGCUCAAAGGCUGUCCUACAGCACGUCUGGCCUACCGUCGAGCAGGCCGAAUCCCAAAAGAAGAUCACGACUGAGUUGGCACCUCCCGUGGCUGAUCUGGCUCUGGUCCUGGCAUAUUGCUAUUUCCGCAGACUUCAUCUGGAUCAAGCUACUAUUGUUUAUGAGAAUGCCUUUAGAUUACUCGUUGCAUCUGACAGAGUUCCCGUGCCUUCGGUUCUUGCUGUGGCCAAGGCUGUUGUUGAAUUUUACGAGACAACCUUCCAGUUCACCAAGGCGUUGGCCCUGCUCCAUUCAGUUAGCAAUUUCCUCACCAGUCGUCUGGGAGAAACUCACAAGCACACCAUCGAAAAUAUGUACCUCGAAGCUGCCCUGGCGACCCGGUUGGAGAUGAACCAUGAAGCCAAGAGUACCUACCAGCGCAUCUACAAGUCAACCUUACGUGGCAGUACCAUCGCACCCGAAGGAAUGGAAGCAGCACUUGCGCUCAUUGUUCUAUACGAGAAAGAGUUGCAGUGGGGCUCUGCUCUUGAUGUCUACCGCCAUGUCUGGCCUACCCUUGUCAUACAUGAGCAAAUGACCGUCUACGACAGGAUGCAGACCGAGAAACUGAUUGAAAAGGCAUACCUCGGCUACAUGACUAUUCUGACGACACACACGACGAGUACUGAAUUUUCCGAGCGCUACAAGGUGGCAUCUGAAUAUGUGAUGACCUGUCAAACCGUAUACGGACCCACGCACCAAAAGACUCUGAGCGCGACCCUGCUCUUCGCCGAACUAUGCGAGUCCAACCACGCGUACACAGACGAAGCCAUCUCGCUGUACAAGAAGCCCCUGCAAACAAGCGAAUGGGUUCCCACUUCGCAAUCUGCAAAGGGUCUCGACCAGAUGACACAGCCUCUGCCCAUUACGCUGAAACAUAAGCUGGCUCAGUUGUUCGUUCGCAAGCGUGAUUCUACAAGUGAAGCUCGCUCUUUGUAUACCGAAGAGUAUCAGCUCGCCAAAAAGACCCAGGGAUUCUUCUCAACAACCACCCUCUCUUGGCUCCGCGAACUUGCCCUUGCUCACUCGCGCCAGGGCACGCCUACCUCCGUGCAGCAAGGUAAUGCCCUUCUCCACACAUACGUGACAGACGUCCUUCACGCCGGCGGAGAAACAGACAUGAUGGCCGACUGGGCUCGCAAGAUCGCCGCCAUCUACCUUGAAUGCGGCUUCAUCGAAGGUGGCAACAAUGUCCUGAGACGAACUGCGUCACCGCGUCGUCUACGGAUCCGAAACCAACGCCAUGGCUCUGGCUACUCGGAAAUUAUGACCGAAAUGACCCGUGAGAUGCAAACCCAACAGGCAUUUUCGAAGAACCUGUCUGGGCAUGACUUCGUUCCGACGCUCAUUGCUGGUGAUAAUCUGGCUCGCCUGCAGACGCAGCAGAAUCGCACUCGUGCGGCGAAGGAUACGAAUAAGAAAUUGUACGAGUACUUCUGCGCUACACUCUCUGCUUCCAGUAUUUCUCAGAGAGAUAUCGUGCAACAGUUCUACGGCAUAUGUCUCCGUGAGGUCCACAGCGAGAGCUACAACAUGAACAUCCUCACAACGACUACCAGCCUUGUCCGAGACCUCUGCAAUGAAUCUCGCUUCCAAGACGCAAGCGACGUGACCGGUGUCCUGCACUCAUUCCUCCAUCUCACCGACGGUCUGAACAGCUACGAGAGUAUUCUCGUCGCGACACAACUCUGCCUAUACCUGAGCGGCCACAACGCCACCCGUUGCCAAGACACAACAAUGUUCAACGAGAUGUCCGUAAAGUCGAAGCUCCUCCUACAAGAACUAAUGACGGCAUCAAAAUCGAUCGGCAUCGAGAUCGUCGAUCUCCCUUUCACCCAGCUAAACGACAUAAUCACCCUCCUGGGCGAAUACGAAAUGUUCGACGACCUAGAGGCCAUCCUAACCCAACUCUGGACAUCAAGAAUCGUCCAACGACUCUGGACUCCGGACGUGGUUGUCUGGAUUGGCCGACGACUCGUGGAAACGCGUUUCUGCCGCGGCUCCGUCGACUCGGCUAUCCAACUUUGCCGCGAUAUCUGCUACAACUUGCGUCAAGUCUGGGGAAGCUGUGAUCCCGUCACGCUGGAAAUGACAAAAUUGCUCUCUGGGCUUUUCACUGCGUCUAACGAUCAUCAAUCUGCCGCAACACUGCACGAAGGCGUGUUGUACGAUUUGCUCAGUGACUCCGAUGCUACAGAUCAUCCACGUGCGGCCGAUACAGCGACGCAGCAUAUGGAGUUGAUGCGCCGGGCUCAGUUGCGUCUUGGUGGUCCGCAUACUUCUACUAGGUCUUCUGCGCAUGCGGAUCUGGUUUCGCAGGUCACUGAGCGCUUUGGUCUUCAGUCUGAGCAAAUUAAGAGUGUUGGGGAAGCGAAUGGUGGAGAGAAGUUUGGCGUUUGGUCGAAGCCUAGACGCUUUAGUAUUGAUGUUGAGGACUUGGAGGAUGAGCGUCAGAGUGACACGCAUCAUAAUCAUCUGCGUGAGUCCAGUGGGGUUGGUUUGAUGAAUGGUAGUGGGCAUGUGAGGAGGAUUUCGGUGCAGGCGCUGUGA